AUUAUUCCGUGGUGGAAAUUCAUUUGGUUAACAACGUUUCUUUCAAUACGUUUCGAAAAGAUCAGCUUUAAGACAGUGAUCUCUAAAGUUAAAUAAUUUGUGUUAUUUUUAUAUAGAAAUAAAAUAAACCAAUUUAUAAAAUUAAAAAUGGCCCUUAAGUUUGUUAUCUUCGCCUCGGCUUUGUGUUUAACAUUGGCUUAUCCUUUGGAUCAUCAAUAUUAUGAAAGCGAAGGCCAUGGUCAUGGCUAUGAAACGGAAUUAGCCCAUGAUUAUGGUCAUGGUCAUCAACUCGAACGUGUAUCAUUGGGCGAAGAUCACAGCAGCUACGGCCAUGAAGAACAUCAUGAAGAUGAACAUGUUGACUAUUAUGCUCCACCAAAAUAUGCUUUCAAAUAUGGUGUCAACGAUUUCCAUACCGGUGAUGUGAAAUCUCAACAUGAAACUCGUGAUGGUGAUAGUGUAAAGGGUCAAUACUCUUUGGUUGAACCUGAUGGUUCUAUUCGUACCGUAGACUACACAGCCGACAAACACAAUGGCUUCAAUGCUGUUGUACACAAAACUGCUCCCGUCCACCAUCACGAAGAACAUCAGGAACAUCAUUAUUAAAUAUAAAUUACUUAAGAAUUAAUAUAGAAACAACAACAAACAGAGAUAAACCUUAACCCAAAUAAUUAACUUCUCUACAACCUGAUUAUGCCCUUUUUUUUAGAAAUGAAAAAAAAAAA